AAAUAUGUCAUGCCAUAUUCAUGAUCUAGAAUGUGACCAUGAUUCAUUUAGUUAAGCAGCUAGAUAUUGGAGCAAACAUUCUUGGACACAGUUAUGUUAUAGGCAAACUAUGACAGACGUCGGUAGGAUGUCGGAUUUCCUUGUUCAUUUCUAACACUAUUCGAAAUGUGCUUGCGAGAAACAAUUAAACGUUUCGUAAUUACAUUAAGUAAAAUGCUAAAACGAAAAAUAAAUAGCUGACUUGCUACGUACAUCUCACAUUUUUUUUAAUCUGCAGCAACAUCUAAGCAUAUAUAUAUUGUGCAAAGCAAUUCAGCUUGAGAAAGCAACAAUUUACACAUCGUUUACACAUACUUGUAAAAUUGUGUGAACACUUAACGGUGUCUAAAGAGCAAUUGCGAUUAAUAUGCGCAGGAACCGUCUAGAAUCAUUAUAUCAUCACUGAGCUUGUACAACUUAUGUCUUGUCAGGAAUUCAGUUAUUACGAAACUUUUCAGAAACAUGCGGAUUGUUUGUUUUCUUAUCUUCGUGUCUGGAAUACCUGCAGUUACCGGUUUAGAUGAACUAUGUCCACCGAGGCAAUUGCAGAUUCCACAGGGUCGUGAAUGUCAGAAACCCUGUGAAAGGGACCGCGACUGUCGAUCACGCCGGAAAGCAUGCAGAUGCGACGGAAUAUGCGGACGGAGCUGCAUUCGCGCUGGCACGGAAUGUGUAGUGCUAAAUCAUAUUCCGAAUGGUCUCGUGGAUAUGCGCCCGAACAACAAAUUUGGUGCCGUGGCCCAGUACGCUUGUAACGAAGGUUAUAAACUACGGGGUGAUCCAGCACGAGUUUGCCAAGGUGACGAGCAAUGGAGCGGCACGGAACCACAAUGUUUCCAGGACCUUACAGAAAAGGUUAUCUGCUCGGCACCCCCUGAAAUACCAAACGCCGUGCACAACGGCUUUAUUGACCAGAACGCGUUCGAGAUCGGCAAGAUGCUUCAGUAUGAAUGUCUGCCAGAUUUCCAAAUGAACCGUGAUGGCGUGACAAGGGCCUGGUGUGUCAAAAGUGGGGAGUGGGUGGGGCCGACUAUGACGUGUACUAGGAAAGGGGCGUGGUGUCCACGUCUUCAAGACAUUGACAAUGGAUGGGUGGAGCAGGACACAACAACGUCACAAGGGGGCAUCGCCAGGUACACGUGCAAGUUGGGAUAUUUCCUGGCGGGGCGGAAUCAAAGAACAUGCUUAUCGAGCGGCGAGUGGGACGGGGUCACACCUAGUUGUGAAAAAGUUACCUGCAAGCGUCCACCUAAACUCGACCACGCCGCGCACGAUGGUGACCCGGCGCAGGAGAUGUAUCCGUCGGGCGGUCAGCUGCUCUACACAUGCGCAUACGGGUAUCAUCCGGACGGCAACCCGCAGGUCAUGUGCAACGGCGAGGGAAACUGGGUGGGACUGACACUGACGUGCACGCCGAAAAGCUGCGGUUACCCGGGAGAAAUUGAUAAGGGCCACAGGAUUGGUUUUGUGUUCACAUUCCCAAACAAGGUGACCUACCAAUGCAUGGAGGGGUAUACCUUACAGGGAGAGAACUACAAAAUGUGCCAGGCGGACGGGACUUGGAGUGGGAAGACACCCACGUGCGAACCUGUUCGUUGCCCAACUCUGAAGGCCCCGGUGUUCGGCCGUAUGUACGGGACAGGCAACGAUUAUGGCGCAGUCAUUAGGUUCGAGUGUGAGGACAAGUACAAGGUGAUGGGGUCCACUGAACGACGAUGCCAGGCCGACAGGUCCUGGAGCGGUGAACUCACCAGAUGUGAAGAGAUCAACUGUGGUUGGCCAACGCCGUUCUACAACGGCUAUUUGAUUGGUCACGACACAUCGGUGGGAGGAACUUUAUUUUUCAGCUGUAAAAUCCACGCAACGUUCGAGGGAACAGCAUUUCAGACAAGAUGUCUCGAAACAGGAGAAUGGUCAGAUCCCCCGCCAAUGUGCUGGAGCCAGUGUCAGAUUCCAGUAAUUCCCAACGCCACACUUGAAGGAGGACGUCCGUUGACAUACGUUAAUCACAAAACUGUCAUCCAAUUCCAAUGUAAGGGCGGGCUCGUUGCCAAUGGGGGCACGGGCAUGAAGUGUGACAAUGGCACCUGGAGUGUGACACCGGAAUGCGCACCAGCACCAUGUAUGCAGCCACCGCCCCACGUACAUAAUGGUAUGAGGGUGUUUAUGGGUCAAGAUCAUGGACUGCGAGCCAAAUAUGUGUGUUUUGCGGGCUACAUGCUAACGGGGAUGAAUAGCACAUAUCUGAUGUGUAACUUUGGACAGUGGGAAGGCGGACGCCCUCAUUGCGAAGAAUUCUUUUGUCCAAACCCAUACAACGUUACGGGAGACAUUUUACACGGCACAAUCAACAAGAAGGUGGACAAGGGGCGAUUUAGUUUCAAGAAAUACAUGUACACAAUUCGCCACGGGGAUCGUAUCGAGUUCCAGUGCGAUGCUGGUUAUCGAGUGGACGGACAUGCUGGGGCAACAUGCGUUGAUGGACAAUGGCAGCCACCGCUUGGCAACGGCUCAUCCAUUUGUAUCCCAGCUGUUCACCCGCCCUUCCGACACCUUUGGGAACCAAUCGAUAACUUGAGGAACUAACGACCUUGUUUAUGUAAUAUUGAUUUAAAAUGGUGACUUUUUUCCGGAAGGAAAACUUUUAAUCACUAGCAGACUUUCUAUUCGAUCAAUAACAAUUGUGGAAUUUGUCGUUAUCUUAGCGACAGAUUACUUCAAGUUAUCUGACGUCGUUAAUUCGACCGUUAACUUGGAACUAUUGGUGUCUUUUUUCCGACCGAUACCAACUAGGGUAAUGAUGCUGUUUUCCGACCGAUAACUUGAGCGUAGUGGUAAUGUCGUGUUUUUUUUCGAUCGAUAGCUUGUGGUGAUUAUUAUUUGUUAUUUUCAAACGGUAUCUUAAGGAAGUAAUAAUUAACGUUGUUCUUUUUUGACAGGGCCAUUGGAAAAUAGUAUUUUUACAUUUAUGCGAUCGACAACUUUUUUGACAGGGCCAUUGGAUAAUAGUAUUUUUACAUCUAUGCGAUCGACAACUUAAAUAUUUAGUCGUUACGUUGUGUAUACAAUAAAUAAGUCUAGGAGUCGGUGGUGGACACUGUUUGAAAUACAGUUCUCUAGCUCAAAUACUGGGGUCGUGCCGAAAACUGUUUGACAUUAUUAUGUAGUAUCAUAUAAUCGUUUAUCAUCCUUUGCAAACCCAUUAGAACUAGAGUAGCACUAGCCUGUGUAUAGUGUUGUAUUGGUGGGAUAGUGUUGUAUUGGUGGGAUAGUGUUGUAGUGGUGGGAUAUAUUAAAACGUUUCCAAGGUUCCCGAAAAGCAAAUCUCGCCGUAAAACACAAUGAGCAAAAGCAAACACAAAAAGCAAGUCUCAGACUGGUGACGUGUACUUAUCCAGCAAAGAACACUCAUUUCUCACGAGUAGCGUGUAAUUUUCCAACCAAGAACAACGUGUAAAUGUCCAGCAAAGAACACUCUAUUGUCAAGAACAGCGCGUACUUUUCCAUCAAAGAACACUCUAUUGUCAAGAACAGCGCGUACUUUUCCAUCAAAGAACACUCUAUCGUUUAGAACAGCGCGUACUUUUCCAUCAAAGAACACUCUAUCGUUUAGAACAGCGCGUACUUUUCCAUCAAAGAACACUCUAUUGUCAAGAACAGCGCGUACUUUUCCAUCAAAGAACACUCUAUUGUUUAGAACAGCGCGUACUUUUCCAUCAAAGAACACUCUAUUGUUUAGAACAGCGCGUACUUUUCCAUCAAAGAACACUCUACUGUCAAGAACAGCGCGUACUUUUCCAUCAAAGAACACUCUACUGUCAAGAACAGCGCGUACUUUUCCAUCAAAGAACACUCUAUUGUUUAGAACAGCGCGUACUUUUCCAUCAAAGAACACUCUACUGUUUAGAACAGCGCGUACUUUUCCAUCAAAGAACACUCUACUGUCAAGAACAGCGCGUACUUUUCCAUCAAAGAACACUCUACUGUCAAGAACAGCGCGUACUUUUCCAUCAAAGAACACUCUAUUGUUUAGAACAGCGCGUACUUUUCCAUCAAAGAACACUCUAUUGUUUAGAACAGCGCGUACUUUUCCAUCAAAGAACACUCUACUGUCACGAACAGCGCGUACUUUUCCAUCAAAGAACACUCUACUGUCAAGAACAGCGCGUACUUUUCCAUCAAAGAACACUCUACUGUCAAGAACAGCGCGUACUUUUCCAUCAAAGAACACUCUACUGUUUAGAACAGCGCGUACUUUUCCAUCAAAGAACACGCUAUUGUUUAGAACAGCGCGUACUUUUCCAUCAAAGAACACUCUAUUGUUUAGAACAGCGCGUACUUUUCCAUCAAAGAACACUCUAUUGUUUAGAACAGCGCGUACUUUUCCAUCAAAGAACACUCUAUUGUUUAGAACAGCGCGUACUUUUCCAUCAAAGAACACUCUAUUGUUUAGAACAGCGCGUACUUUUCCAUCAAAGACCACUCUAUUGUUUAGAACAGCAUUUCACAAUUAGUAACAGUCUUCAACAAUGCACGGAUACACAUAUCUGUACAAGUAUGCAUUUUCUCUUGAUGAUAUGAUUAUACAGAAUAGUAGUGAAGUGUGAAGUGGUAUUAGUAAUGUUGUUUAUAGACACCUGUUAGCUGUAAAUGUAGAGCUUUUUUAUUGGAUGUUUUGAUAUUCAGUGAGAUGUUGUGUUCCGUCGGUUGUUUUUGUAAUUUUGUACAAAUAAAUGCAACUUAAUAGGAACUCGCUCAUGCGUUUGGACCAAAAAAUAGUUUUCCAGGAAAUGCAUCUAAAAACACUUAUUUAAUCAUUAUUUUGCCUUAUAAAAGCAGAAAAUAAUUCAAAUAUAGUAUUAAAAUGUAUUUGGGUUUAGUGGGGUGCGAACCCACGCCGGUUAAGUAAAAAAUCUGUAUUAAAAACCAACGCCUUUACAACAAGGCUACCAGGACUAAUACAAAUGAUGGAUAUUUUGACCUUUUAACAAUACAUUGGAAAUAUCACAUCGCUCAAACCGAAAUUAACGCUUAUGAAAACAGUGGUCAUCAAAGACGAUAUUUGAGCAAAUAUCAUCAUUUGCUGAAGGGUUCCAGCGUUUGGUAUCUUUGAUUUAACACUUUUAUAAUUUGCCACGCUUUAUUUCGUUAAAAAAUGCAUUUUACAAAACAUGAGCGAGUCCCUUUAAGCACGAUUUGUUUUUGUUUUAAUGCUGGUUUUAGUAUAAAUCAAACAAAAAACACACAGCAAUUAUUAAAGCGUUUGCGAUUCUUGAGACAGUGUAUGAAUCUACAUCAAAACGUAUUGCUUGGAAUAGUUUUGUUAUGAACGCUGAAAUAAAAUGAAUAAACAAAUACGUAAAUUUA